UCCGCCAUCUUCCCGUUCACUUCAAUCUAGCAAGGAUCUUUCCUGCAGUGGCCAUAUUUGUUGAUGUGUCACCAAAGAUGGUGGACUAAUGAAGAUAGGACCUUCACGUGGUCGUAGUAUAGUGGUCAAUAGUUCCCUCGGGACUUUUACGAUUGUCACUUCCGGGUUGGUCUACUUAGUUCAUUGACUUUAAUUCAACCAGAAAAAAAACUGGGGGAAAAGCGUGAGGGGUGUCUCGUUAUCUUUUCCGUCUCUGGUGCUACUGUCACCUUAGCGACUUGUUGGGGGUAACCAGCUGAGCUGGAUCAGCUGUCAAGGAAAGUGUCGAUUUUUUUGUAACAUCGGAACCUUACAAAAUGGAUAUAUCAUAUAAGGUGUGAAGCUGAGGAAAACCAUGGAGCAGUCUGACCCAGCCUCUGCCUCAGACCUGACCCAGGGGUCAGAGGUCAACUCCCUGCCGAAGAGGUUAUCAGGGAGCAACAGGAGUGACACAACGAUGGAGGAAAAUGAGGUCUGUGCAGAAAGGGGGAAUGACGUUGAACAGGAGAGUCUGGAGGGAGAUGGGAUACAACACAAGAAGAAGAAAAAGUGCCAGCAAGAGGGUGGAGAGGAGUCUGUCAAUGUGGACAUUAGCUGUGACAUUGGGGCAGCCUCAAUGGAAGACGCAAGAACUCUUGUAGAUGGGACAACUGAACGUCCAUUCUCGGUCUUGGAUGAGGUAAUGGAAAGCACCAACUCGGUUUUGGAGGUGACGAUAGAAAGCGUGUCGUCGCUUCUGGGCAAGGCAGUGGAAUCUCCACCCGCUAUUCUAGUUGGAGUGGGUGACUGCUCAACCUCUAUUCCGAACAGAGACGCAGAAUCUCAACCAGCUGUUGUUGAUGGCCUCCUCAAAUGCUCCGUGGAACCCUCCCCCACAAAGGAAAACGUCAUUCAAGGUUCAGUAGUCACCAAUAGCCCAGCCACGCCCUCCACACCCAGCUCUGCCUUUGCAGACCCUGGAUUUUCCAGUCCACGAACGAUGGCCCGCACGAACACCAACUCUUCGCCCAGCCCCUACGACACGGACUGCAGCCGCAAGCUCAUGACUCAGAUCCAGCGGUCAGUCUCCCAGGAGUCCCUAUUGGAUGAGCUGGAGCAGGAGUUAUUCUCCUGCCAGCUGCCCGAGAGAGGGGGAGGGGGGCGCAAGGGUGGAUCCCAUGUAAAUGGCAUGCAGUCUGACCAGGACGGCUCCCCGAUGGUUUUCGAGAAGUGCAUCCAGUACAAGUAUGUGCAGCAGGAAAAGGCCAUCAAAAGGCUACUGGAUGAAAACAACAAGCACCAGGAGCUGGUCCUGGGUAUCUGCUCAGAGAAGGACACCAUGAGGGAAGAACUGAAGAGGAGGGUGGAGACUGAGAAAAAGCACAUGGGCACCGUGAAGAAGUUGGAGGGCCGGGUGGAGGAGCUUCUGAGGGAGUUGAAGGAGUCCAGAGACAAACUGGUUUACCAGGAUGGCGCCGCGAAGAACGCCCUGCAGCAGUUGCACAGAGAGACUGCCUACCGGCUGGAGCAGGCUGGGAAGAAGUGUGAGGAGGCGCGUCUGGAGAAGGAGGCCAUGGUGAUGAAGUAUGUUCGCGGGGAGAAGGAGGCUCUGGACCUGCGCAGGGACAAGGAGGGGCUGGAAAGGAGGCUGAGGGAGGCCACCAAGGAGGUGGACCGCCAGGCCCUCAGGGGAAACCAGUUGGCUCAGGAGAAAGGCCGGUUGCAGCAGCUCCACGACGUCAAGGAGGGAGAGGUGAGCAGGCUGAAUCGGGAGUUGGAGAACUUCAAGGAGGGGAUCAACUCUCACCUAAUCAAGGUCAAAUGGGCCCAGAACAAGCUGAAUAGUGAGACCGACGCCCAUAAGGAGACUAAAGUUAAGCUACGAGAGACCACGGCCAAACUCACCCAGGCCAAGGAGGAGACGGAGCAGAUCCGCAAGAACUGCCAGGACAUGAUCCGCACAUAUCAGGAGUCAGAGGAGAUCAAGUCGAACGAAUUGGACGCCAAGCUGCGCGAGACCAAAGGCGAACUGGAGAAACACAAACAGGAACAGACAGACCAGCUGGAGAUGCACCGUUCCAAGGCCAAGGAGCUAGAAGACCUAAAGAGGACAUUCAAUGAGGGGAUGGAUGAACUGACCACUCUGCGCGCAAAGGUGAAGUGUCUGGAGGAUGAGAGGCCUCGCUGGGAGGAUGAGCUCUCCAAGUACAGAGAGAUCAUCAACAGGCAGAAGGCCGAGAUCGCGAGGCAGAGAGACAAGCUGGGAGAGAUACACGCACUGGAGGAACAGCACCAACGGGACGAGCAUGAGAUGGUCAGUCUACGCGAGGAGGUGGAGAGUGUGAACGUCCAGAACGGCGACCUCCAGCUGGAUGUGCAAGGCAGCCGGGAGCGGGAGGCUGAGCUCUUGGGCUUCACGGAGAAGCUAAGCAGCAAGAACGCCCAGCUGCAGUCGGAGAGCAAUGGCCUACAGGCCCAGUUGGACCGACUGGGCACCAACUCCAUGGAGCUGCAGGGCCGCUUGGACGAGACGCAGACAGCACUGGCCGACCAGACUCAGCGUCUCCGGAAGGAGGAGGCCCUGCGGCAGGAUGAGGUCCAGGCUCUGCAGGCGGAAAGGGCCACACUGCAGAUGGAGAUGGCCCAGCUGAAGACCCGUGUGGAGGAGCAGAGGGACGAGUUGCAUACCCAGAAGAGGAAACAGGCGGCCAACAUCAAGGACCUGACCAAGCAGCUAACUCUAGCCCGUAAGAGGCUGGAGCAGGUGGAGAAUGGUGGCUGUGACCGGGAUGUCAGCAGCAUGGGAAGUCGCUCCAGCUCCUCAGGCUCCCUGAAUGCGCGGCACGGCGGCAGCAGCAUGGAGGAGCGCUCACUGGAGAGCCAGUCGGGCCCGACGGUGGUGGACAGCUACCCCGAGGUGGACAAGGCCAUGCUUGUGGAGCGUAUUGUGCGUCUGCAGAAGUCCCACGCCCGCAAGCAGGAGAAGAUAGAGUUCAUGGAGGACCACAUCAAGCAGCUGGUGGAGGAGAUCCGCAAGAAGACAAAGAUCAUCCAGAGCUAUGUGCUGAGAGAGGAGUCGGGCGCCCUCUCUUCAGAGGCCUCAGACUUUAACAAAGCCCAAUUAGGCAGGCGGGGGGGCAUCAUGGCCUCCCUAUACACCUCCCACCCGGCUGACAGCGGCCUGACCCUUGACCUCUCGCUGGAGAUCAACAGGAAGCUGCAGGCCGUGCUGGAGGACACGCUGCUCAAGAACAUCACACUAAAGGAAAAUCUUCAGACGUUAGGGGCGGAGAUUGAGCGACUUAUCAAACAGCAGCGAUAGCUGGAGGACAUUGCUCAGAGGAAGUGGCGCAUUGCUAGACGAAAGUGUCUGAAGGAAAUUAUAGAGGACCAAGUGAAGAGGGAAUGUUGAAGACCCCACCAACUAUCUUGUGCCACAUCAAGAAUUUAACUGAGACACACACAUGCGAACGCACACACACACACGCACACACAUGCACACACAUGCACAAACGCAGUGUAAAGGAACAAUUUGAAUGUUGAAUACCAGUCUCCUGUUCAAAACCCCCAUGUUCUCAACUCUUCUCUCCAAUGGGAUGAGUACUCAGAUCCUCUGAUCAAUGGAUUGUCCUACUAUUCCCCCCCCCCCCCCCCCCCCCCCCCCCCCCCUUGCAUAAUCUAAUACACUUUCCUGGGAUGCCAAGGAUGGCUUUAUUUAUGAAUAAAUUGAAAGGAUUAUGUUGAUUAGCAUUUUCUGAAGCCAGUUGCUAAUGCAGGUCCGUGUGCAUGCCAAUCCUUAUUACUCUCCCAAAAAAGUGUUUGUGCCAAUUUGCUGAAUAGAUUUUUGAAUUACCGAUGUGACCCCUAACGCAUACAGUAGUACUCUCACUGUGAACCAGUAACUAAAGACUACUAAUGCACUCAACGCACAACCCUUCAAAGAUUUGUCCACCAGGUCCACUUUCCUUUCUCACCGUAGCCCUACAAAGCACUUAAGGCAAAAAUAUUACUUGAGAUGAUCAUUCGUAACUUGUAUUUCUAUGCACAUCUCCCAUUGACAUCAAAUGUUCUAUUUAUGACAAAGUAUCUGGAGUCAGGAUUCGCUAGUUGGCCCACAUUCUGCAAACACCAAUGUCAAAAAGAACUCCUGGCUUGACCCCAAAUGUCCUACUAUGAAGUUGUAUAAAUAAUGAGUUCAGCUGGAGAAUCUAGGGCUGGUCUUUAGUUGUUAAUUUAAUGUGAUUUAUUUAUUUAUGUCGGUUUUGAUUGGCAUUUAAUGUUGUCAUUAGCUUUUCUGGAGUUUAAAAUCAAGUCCAUUGCUCUCUCUCCUUUCUGUUCUUCAUUUUGUCCAUUCACUGAAGGAAAUCUUUUAACAUUAUUAUUUUAUAUUCAAUUGUUUGUUUCCAUCCUUUCUCACACACCCUUGUUUGUACUCUCAUUAAUUUGUAGGACGAAGCACUGUAGCCGCCCGCAUUUGCUUCUUCACCAGUAUAUUCUUCAGCUGUCAUAGUGAGGGGUCACCUGGCCGAGCUGGAGGCGUAUGGUCCCGGGGAUGGGUGUUAACAACAUUUACAUUUAAAGGUAGCCCGACCACUCGCUCAGAGAAGAAGAGCUGACAUGCACCUGCAACACUGGCUUCUGGCCAUGCUUUUGUCAAGGACAUGAUAAAGAGUGACUUUUCCUCAGCCACGGCUGCCUAGUCCACAACAAACACACCACACACACACGGAAGUAUGAAGUAUAUGGAGAAUUCUGAUGAAGGACUAGCUCCUAAGCUGCAGUCUUUGGUUGUAGUUAUUUUCCCCCUAUUUGUUUUUUGUCACCUAUGUGUAACUAUUUUGACUAUAGUGUAAAGGAGGCCCCUCUCGACGCCUCUGGGAUUUUAGUGUUUCUCCCACCAUUAUUUAGGUGGGAUGCCUUCUCCCUCAAACAAGUCCACUUGGCCCCCCGCUAUUGAACAAUCACAGGAUCGAUUUGUGUAAUUUGAUGUUUAUGGCUUGUUGGUUUGAGGGCUUUUAACUCCUGCCUAGGGGGGAAAAAAUCUAGGGGAAACACUACUUUUUGCACCCUUUCAACUUGGCAAACCGAAAACACAGGAUUCACAACCUGGCUCUCUACUCAGCAACAAUGCGUAGAGAACAUGCAGCGUGGGCAAAUGAGUCAAUUGAUCUUUCAGGAGCAGCUUAAGAGCGUAUACAAGGAAUUAAUCUGAAUAAAUUCAUUAACAUAAUGAAAUGGCUUGCGGACAUCUCAUUAUUAUGCACUGAGGUACCCAAAUACCCCAGAAGCAGAGCUAUAUACACUAUUGGUAAAACAGUUUAUCAUUGAUCAGCAAACUGUUGAUAUGGCGUAAAGAUUAACGUUGUAGAUUAUCUUCAACCAAUGAAGAGUUUCACCAAUCAAUGCUUUUUGUAACUUGUCAUGUCACAAAGGCAACAAUGUUCAUUUGACACAGCAAAAUCAUUUUCCUGAAUCGUUUCAUUACUGUUUAAUUUGAUUGUCAAAUGAACAACAUACUAGAUAUCUUGGUAAGAGAAAUGUAGUGACUGUGGAUAAUAUGGUACUCUUAUGGUUAAAGAAAUGUGUCCUUGACAACAAAACAUUGGAAGCAAAGCUCUAGUACCCGUUUCACACUACUGAGCCAUGCACUGGCCUGGUUCCGCAUCCACCAUAGUUGCUGGAACAUUUACUUUAAACGUGCUGGAAAGUACAAUUUGAAUUGUGAAAAGGGUCAAACACUGUGGUCCAAACUAGGCCUACACUCUCACAACAUGAAAACAUUGGAGCAAUGUUUAUUGGAUAUGUUAUUUCCCUGGGAGACCAGUCCACAAAGAGAGAGUGUCAAAUUUGUCUCCCGUAACAGUGAAAUUAGCAAUAUGAACAGAUGUGUUGUGAGUGUAAAAUUAUGACUGACUAUAGCGAGAUGUUGGUAUUUUCUGUUUUUUGUCUUGGUGUUGUUCGAUGUGCUCUGUUUGAUUGAAUAUUCAAACUGUGAUUAUUAUACAUUUGUAGAUAUGAUCUUCUGUAAAAUGGUCAAAUGUUUUUACAAUUCCGGAUCCAAUAUGUAUAUAUGGUGUUUACAGGGAAUAAAAGAGAUGAAUCUCUUUGUUUCUCUUCA